UGAUUCAAACUGCGUGGUUGGAUUUUCUUUCCACCAAAUCAUUUUUUUUAUUCCGGUGAAGAACCAGCUUGCUUGCACCAGCUGCUGCAUUUCGGCAUUUCCCACUACUCUCUCCCUCUCUGUCUCUCGUCAAACAUUGCUCUCCGCUUCCGCUUUCGACGUCGGCGAUGAUGCGCUGCGACGCCUAACUCUUCUCUAAAACCAUACUGUAACGCUCAUCCCCAAAACCCAAACCUAAUGGCGGCCGUCUACUUCGCUGCUCUGGGGCAAGCUCCCGAGAAAAAGGCGGCGCUUUUCUCAACUCGACCCUCGGCGACACGCGGAAUCAGAGGGUUUCGUUUCAGAUCCUCGAAUUUGAUCUCUCGAGCGGCUGUCGGUUCCGCAGCGAAACCCCCGGAUGUUCCUCCUACUGUGGCCGAAACGAAGUUAAAAUUUUUGAAAUCAUACAAGCGGCCAAUACCAAGCAUAUACAAUAAUGUCUUGCAAGAGCUUCUCGUCCAGCAGCACUUGAUGAGAUACAAGAGAACCUAUCAGUAUGAUGCUGUCUAUGCACCCGGCUUUGUCACCAUCUAUGAACAGCUGAUGGAAGGAUAUCCUAGUCUUGAAGAUCAAGACGCUAUUUUUAGAGGCUAUAUUGAGUCCCUAAGAGAGGAUCCAGAACAGUACAGAGAUGAUGCAAAGAAGCUGGAAGAGUGGGGUCGUUCACAAGAUACUACUACAUUAGUUGAUUUCUCAUCAAGUGGAGGGGAUGUUGAAAAUAUUCUAAAAGACAUCGCUGACAGAGUCCAAGGUACGGGGAAUUUCACCUAUAGUCGAUUCUUUGCGGUUGGAAUAUUUCGCCUACUUGAGCUGGCAAAUGCAGCUGAACCAUCAGUAUUGGAGAAGUUUUGUGCAGCUUUAAAAAUAAACAAAAGAAGUGUGGAUAGAGACCUUGAUGUUUACCGCAAUCUUCUGUCAAAGUUAGUUCAGGCGAAGGAGCUUCUCAAUGAAUAUGUGGAUAGGGAAAAAAAGAAAAGAGAAGAAAUGGCAGAAUCCCAAAAGGCUAAGGAAGCCAUUACUGGUUGCGUCGGAGAUUACUAAUAGGUAAAGAGUAGCUUCACUGUACUUGCACCUUAAAUUAUUGCAAAUGCUUGGUUGAGAAAGCUGCAACCUGAUUUGUUUCUUGACCCCUAGCCAUCUAUAACACAUUUCACGCCAUAGAUGACAUGAUGUGUUUUGUUUUCAAUAAAGAAAUGCAUAUGAAGAGCACACAACAUUUUCGGCCUGAUUGAAUUCUCCUGUAUUAUACUUUACAGAUUGUAAUGCCCUAUUAAAGCAGAUUCUCAUCUAUCAUGAAGUCUAAUUUUGCUAAAA